AUGCGGCGUAAGUCGUUCAUAUCGUCCAAUGACAACGUUCGCGCGAUGGAGCUGCUGCAGGACUGUUCGGGUAGCGUCGUCAUGGUUUUCCGCAACAAGGGCACGCAACUAACGAGCUAUAUUAUCUUCCAGACCUGUUAUAUGCGACGAAUGGUGCGUUUGUUUACUGAGGGCAUGUGCAUUGAUGGAUCUCAUGCCACCAACAUCGAUCGGUGA